GGGCCCACGGACCCGGGCUGGGGCUGUCUGCACGUGCGCACGACGGGUUGCUGGAUGGCUGUUCUCCGCUGCCUCGCGGCCGUCCGCGCGGCGCCGGGGCUCUGGGGGCGGGCGGCGCGCGCCUCGUUGGGUUUGCGGGGCCGCUGCCCCGGGAGAGGCUACGCUGUGGACGCCGCACAGAGCCCACCCACUUUUGGGUUCCUGUUGGACAUCGAUGGAGUGCUGGUGCGGGGUCACAGAGUGAUCCCCGCUGCUCUGGAAGCCUUCCGCAGGCUGGUGAACGCUCAUGGGCAGCUGCGGGUCCCCGUGGUCUUUGUCACAAAUGCUGGGAACAUCUUACAACACAGCAAAGCCCAGGAGCUGUCUGCCCUGCUGGGGUUCAAGGUGGAGCCGGAUCAAGUCAUUCUCUCUCACAGCCCCAUGAAGCUCUUCUCACAAUAUCACAACAAGCGGAUGCUGGUGUCUGGGCAGGGGCCCCUGGUGGAAAAUGCCCGAAUACUUGGCUUUGAGAACGUGGUUACUGUGGAUGAGCUGCGGAUGGCCUUUCCUGUGCUUGACAUGGUGGAUCUCCAGCGGCGGCCAAAGACCACGCCUCUUCCAAGGAACGACUUCCCUGCCAUUGAAGGGGUGCUUCUCCUUGGGGAGCCAGUCCGCUGGGAGACAAGCCUGCAGCUGAUCAUGGAUGUCCUUCUCAGCAAUGGGAACCCUGGGACUGGUCUGGCGACGGCCCCUUAUCCCCAUCUUCCUGUCCUGGCCAGCAACAUGGAUCUCCUUUGGAUGGCUGAAGCCAAGAUGCCCAGGUUUGGCCACGGCACCUUUUUGCUGUGCCUGGAAACCAUUUACCAGAAAGUGACAGGCAAAGAGCUGAGAUAUGAGGGCCUGAUGGGCAAACCCAGCGUCCUCACUUACCAGUAUGCAGAGGACCUGAUCCAGCAGCAGGCGGAGAGGCGGGGCUGGGCGGCCCCCAUCCAGAAGCUCUAUGCUAUCGGUGAUAACCCCAUGUCUGAUGUCUACGGUGCCAACCUGUUCCACAAGUACCUGCAGAUGGCGAGGCAUGAUGGGGCAGAGGCGCGGGGGGCCAGUGGCUUGUGGAAGCGGCGGCCCUCAGCAACCCAGAGCUGCGCCUCUAUCCUGGUGUGCACUGGUGUGUACAAUCCCAAGGGCCCAGAGCCCACCAGGCCUGCGCAGGAAGCAGAGGAGGCUCCAUUCCAUGGGCACCGGGACUUCAGCUUCAGUCCAGGGCUCAUGGAGGCGUCCCACAUUGUGAAUGAUGUGAACGAGGCUGUACAGCUGGUUUUCCACAAGGAGGGUUGGGCUUUGUAGCGAGGGCUGUGUGUUGGAGACCAGGGACGGAGGGACCCUGGAACUAGAGGGGAGUCCUGUUGCCUAGCUUCUGGCCCAGAUCACUGGGCAUCAAGUCAGGGCCGCUUCCCGUGACACUUUCUGUGGCCCCCACGGUGGGUAUUACUGGUCACUUAGAAGAAGACACUGGCUUUUUCUCCUGCUCAGUAGCCACAGACUUGUACCCGGGGAGCAUUUUGGGUAGAACAAUCAGGAUUUUCUGGGCCCAGUUCCUGCCUGCUUCUCCUGGCAGUUUGACCUCGGGCCAGUCCCUUUACCUCUGUGCCUCAGUUUCUUCUCUCAUUUCAGUAGGGACGUCUGAAAAAAGGGGAGGUGGUGUGAAAUAAUGCAGAGCCUCACCUGCUCUGAGUUCACCUUUGCAUGCCAGCAAGGUGUGUCACUAACACUACGAUACUGCUUUUUAUUGUAUUUUAGCUUCUAGCCCAGAGACUUUUAGGCUUAUUUUUUUAAAUUAAAAUAAUCAUAAUAAAUAUUCAUUAUGCUGUCAGUUGUGAAGCUCUCCUGGAAUGUACUAAAAAGUCCUGUGGGGGAAGGAUAGUGGGUGAGCAGUGUGGGUGACCCUGAAGCAAAGAAAUAGGUACCAUUUUUCUCCCAUAAGGUAUUGAUGUCUCCUUUCCUACCUUUGUUCUCCUUCCCACCACCAACCCACCCCCAGCCUGCAAAGCCGAGUCUGUCUGGGAAUUAAUUAUGCCCAGGCUUUGGCAUGUACUUGACAACUCUGAUGUGGAAAAAAAAAAGGAUCUUGUUUAUAGUUUCUUCUGACGGAAGAAGGAUCACCUAUAGUGAUCCUGGAAAGUAUGUGUUUCUUAUAUUCCUCCCUCUAGGAGCGACCCAUUUCCACUUUUCCAUGGUCUGUGUUGUCCACGACCCCUUGUUUGCCAAAUCUCCUGGUCCUUGCCCUUGUGUUACUCUCGCAGUCAUUUGCAUGCAACACAAGCUGGUGACUCCCUCCCCUUUUCUCAAAAGACUCUUUACUUGGCUGUAUCUCACGGACUUCUUGACCCCUUUGUUUGGAUGCCUGGUAGUCAUUCACAGGAGAGGAAAUAUAGGAGAUUGGGAAGGAGUGGCCACUGAAAUAGGCAGGGGAUCAUGAGUAGGUGGGUAUCUGGGAAGCUGAGUGAACACGUUUCACAAAAAAGGGAGUGAUGAGCUGGCUCACUCCCUAAGUAUCAGAGCUCAGCCGUGUCCAAAGCCAAAUGUAGCCCAACCCUGCUGUUACACCCUGAGCAGCCUGGGUCCUGCUGUAGCCCCCCCCCCCCCCCCCCCCCCCCCCCCCCCCCCCCCCCCGUAGACAGUAGCACUGAAGACAGUAGGCUGAAGGCCUGGACUCAUCCUUGUCUUCUCUUUAAUGUCCUGCAGCUUUGCCUUCAGAAUGUACUGAGUGAGCACUUUCCAGCCUUCGAUGCUGCCCUGCCCCAGGCUGCUGGCUUCUCUAGCCUGCAUUGUUGUGGCAGCCUCUAGGCUGAUGUCCCUGUGUCAUCUUCUCCCUCACUGUGGCUUCCCCCUCAGCGCCCCAGAAGCCAGAUCCUAAGUUUGACCUGUUCUCUGAUGAAAACCCUCCCGUGACUUCUGGUCUCAGCCUGAAGAGCCCACGUUCCUUACCGAAGCACAGACGCCUGGAAUGGAUGGAAUCCUGGAUGGAAUCCUGUUCUCCCACUUUCCCCUUCAUGUCGUACCAGCCCCGCUGGCUCCCUUGCCAGUCUGCCGUACCCAUUCCUGUCCUAGGACCUCUGCCCUUGUGGUUCCCUCUACCCUACCUCCACUGUCUACAUGGCUCACUCCUUCCCUUUUUUUCCCUCAUCACUUCUUAAAUAUCUGGUGGAUAUGUCAUUUCAAAGAGACUCCCUCAACUUCUUAUAACAAGUAGUA